AUGUCAGGACCACUAGCGGCUAAAGUAGCUCUAGUGACUGGGUCUUCAUCAGGCAUCGGGCGAGCCAUUGCCAUUAAGCUGGCUUGCUUGGGCGUCAAAAUAGUCUCCGUCGACCUCCAGGAGCAACCUAACGCAAAGGGCUACGAGACAGACUUGGAGAAAACAACGACACAGGUCAUAUCGGAGUCAGGCGGCAAAGCCUUCUUCUUCAAGGCUGAUAUCACCGACGGCGAAGCCAUUGAAGCGUUGUUUAAGAGAAUACGACAGGAAUACGGCCAUCUUGACAUUCUGGUCAACUGUGCGGGGUACUGGGCUCCAUUCCAUCUAUUCAUGGAGGAAACCGACGAGCUCUGGGCCAGGAUGACGGCUGUCAAUACCCUCGGCACGGCCAAGAUGAGCCGGCACGCCAUUCGCGAGUUUCUCCAACAGAACUACGACUCGAAAUGGGGGAGCCGAGGGCGCAUCGUCAACAUCUCGUCGUGUGCCGGUGUGGUAGGCUUCCCAGGGGAAGUCGCCUACUCGGCGACCAAGGCGUCUGUCAACCACAUGACACGAGCAGCGGCGCUGGACCACGCUAGAGACUUCAUCAAUGUUAACUGCGUGGCCCCCGGAGUCGUUGCUACAGGUUUGGCGAGGGGAAAUCUAGAAGACACUGAGAUACACGAAUUGAUGCGCAAGGCUACACCGUGGCCGAGGCUGGGGACAGCCGAGGACAUCGCCGAAGUCGUGGUGUUCUUGUGUAAGCCUGAGUCUCAGUGGAUGACAGGACAAGUGCUCGCCGUUGAUGGAGGCCUGACCAUUGGAGUGGCUCCGGCUACGUAA